AUGUCAAACACAUCAGCAAGAAAUCAAAUUGGAGCCGUACCCGGAUUCAUCAUCGGCGGAUUAGCUGCUUGUGCUGCGGUUACUUUCAGUAAUCCUUGGGAGGUGGUAAAGACACGAUUGCAGUUACAAGGGGAGCUGGCCAGAGCGAAUGCAAACAUAGCGAAACCAUACAAAAACGUCUUCCAAGCAUUUUUCUAUAUUCUCAAACAUGAAAAGAUCCGAGGAAUACAGAAAGGACUGGGUCCCGCAUAUGCCUACCAAUUAGCAAUGAAUGGCGUCCGUCUGGGCCUCUACGAUCCAAUUCGCAAUUCUCUCGUAUCAGCUUUUAACACCUCCCCGAAUUCGAUGCCAAUCGCGAUUGCAUCCGGUGGCUCAGCCGGGGUGAUAGCUGCCACGGUCGGCUCUCCUCUCUUUCUUGUGAAAACUCGCAUGCAAUCACAUUCCAAACAUGUCGCCGUCGGCCAUCAACAUAAUUACACAUCCACUCUAACCGCACUAAAAGAAGUUUACAGUCAAAGCGGUGUUCGUGGCCUGUUCCAUGGCGUUGGCGCGAGCAUGCUCAGGACAGGCGUUGGCAGUAGUGCACAGUUGCCGAGUUAUUUUUUCGUCAAGAGAUGGGUAAUGAAAACAACUGGUAGAGGGGAGGCAGAUAUUGUGGUACAUGCAAUUAGUUCGUUGGCGUCCGGCUUCUGUGUCUGUCUGGCAAUGAAUCCGUUUGAUGUCAUCAGUACGAGGAUGUAUAAUCAGAAACACGAUGGAAGUGGAAAAGGAGUGUUGUACAAAAAUACUUUCGAUUGUUUCAUUAAAACACUAAAGACAGAAGGAAUCACAGGGUUAUAUAAAGGAUUCAAUGCACAUUAUUUGCGAAUUGGGCCGCAUACCAUAUUAACACUUGUGUUUCUAGAGCAAGGACGUGGCUUGUAUGUUAAAUUAUUUGCGCACGAAAUGAAGGCUUGA